CCAAAAUUGGCACACAAAUAGGUUGCUGCACGCGCCGAGGGCUGCCUUUGAACUACAGCCAGGGGCUGCCACGAAACGCAAAUUUUCGCCCGCACCGAUCGGGCAGCGAACCGUCGACGCACACCACAAGGAGCCCUGCCCAGACAGCACGAGCAAAUAGACGCCAUCGCAGCGAUGGCCGGCGACGACGGCACGGCCGCGCCGUCGCAAGUACCAACAACAAUAUCACCGACGCACAUCGAAGAGACCAUCUUCAAGAUCGUGGAAGUCACGGACGCGCCGUCAUACGCGCCGACGCUGCCGCGGCCGACGUACGCGCCGACGACGCCCGCGCCCUCCUUCACGUACACGAUGCAAGCGGGCCAGUGCUACGACAAGGUCUGGCUGGAGCACACGCAGCCCUACGACCCGCGGUGCGAAGAGAACUGCGCGCGGAUCGAAAUUGACGAUUGCGCGCGAUACUGCGACGGCGCGGGCGUCGUCACGAUGGCGAGCAACGACCGGGGCGGCCUGGACGCCUGCACCUGCGCCACGGCGUCCAAGGAGUCGUGCAUGGUCGUCGGCGGCUACGACGAGCCCUUUAGCCUCGCGCGCGCGGCCCGGCGGUUCCCCUUCGACGGGACCUGCGUCCUCGGCGACACGGACUUGCAGCUGACGCGGUUCUGCGACCAGAUGGGCAAGUUCGAGCCCGACGAGUACCGGCCGACGCGGCGGCCGACGACGUUCCAGCCCACCGCGCGGCGCGAGGUCGAAGUCAAGGCGGAGUUGACGCUCGUCGGCCGGCGCGGGGCGAUUCUGAUCGGGACCUGCUUCGCGCUGGCGGCGUUCCUGCUCUUCUGCCUGCUCUUCAGCCGGUGGCGCGAGCGGCGGCGCCUCAAGCGCAUCGCGGAGAUGUCCUCCUCCGCGGCCGACUUCACGUCGGACUUCUCGCCGCUCGACGACGACGGCCAGAAGUGGCUCGAGAUGAUGUAGUAACAAGUAGUGAAAACGCG